CUCUGCUUGUGGAUAAUUGCAAAUCUUGCAGGUAUUAUUUUCCUGGUUUUGGAUUUAAGGGCCCAAUUAAAGGCCCAAUGAUUAAGGAGUCAUACCUGAACUCCCAUUAGCUUCAAUGGGAGAAGGAGCUGACCCUUUGAAAGAAGACACUACUGUUCAAGAACUAGUAAGCAACUGCUUUAUUAAUUGACAAGGACAUGCACACCAUUUUUACUUCAGAGGCUGCAGAACAAUUCAAAAACCAGACAAAACCACAAGGCAAAGUUGAAUGGGAGAAGGUGACAAGCGGUGACCAAGCAGUAAAGCUGAGAAUGAAUCAUGCAUCCAGAUUGAUGCCAGCCCCAGAGCGAUGCACGAACCCGGGGAAGGUAGGCGUUCAUCCUCCUAACUCACCUGCUCAGAGCUCUCCCACUGGAUCAACCCUUUAUAGUGGAACAGCUUCAAGAGGAGAAACUGAAGGAGCUUUGUGUCAGAAUAUUCCACAGUCAAGUGGUCAGGGCCCUCACCUGACAGCUAGUAGAUGCCUCUUCAAAUCCCUUCUCCCCCAUAGGCAGAGAUGGCACUUCAAUUGGGAUUUGUCUCACAUCCCAGCACAGUUCCUUAUUGACAAGGCUACUUGUACUGGAGUGGAAAGGCUAGAGGUCAGCAUUCACAUGCAGCAUAUGAGAUGGGCCGAGCACUGCUGGAACAUACAGUUUGUGGGACAGUACUUUGUCAUGGCUUGGGCCAAAUGUGACUCUCCCAAACCCUCUGGAUGGGCAAGACGUGAAACCAGCAUGGUUUUGCCUUGAGAGGGGCAGGAUGUGCUGGGGAAACCUGAAUCCUGGUGGCAAGGUGGCUGAAUGCUUUAAGAGGCUGCCUGAGUUUCUUCCUCUUUGCCUUCCCCAGGACCCCUUUUAAGGUCUGUGUGAUCAUAGCCAAAUACAUGCACCUGGGAAAUUGGUGUGGUUUACCAAGGGCUACUAAUGCCUGGGAACUGAGGAAGUUUCAGUUAACAACUUAACCUAGUCAUUCAACAGGCACCAAUAUAAGGAGGAAAAAGAAGUCUUGGGGAUUUAGCCCCUGAGGACUGUCCUAGAUCAGGCUAUACAGACUGUUGUUGGCAAUGAGGCAUAUGUCUUUGUAUUGCUUAUCUGCUCAACUGGGGCACUUCUAUAACAACAUUUGAAACAGUCCAGUUGUUUCCCUUCCUCCCAUGGUCAUACAGACUGAUCAAGAUGUGGUCAGUGAAGUCUGUGAAAUGUAUAUGAAUUACAGUCCAAAGCUCCACAUGUGUGCCAGGACCACAGCGGUAGAUGUCUGAAACUCUACCACUGGGCUGGAAGAUUCUUCCUUUCCCACUCCACUACUACA